UAUGUGAAUGUGACUUAUUGUAAGAAGAUUGUUCCUGUGGAGCGGAUGGUACAUGUGUGCGGAGCUGGGAGCAAGCUGCAAGGCGCUGGAUCGCUGCUAUGCAAACGCCUACUGAUGGGGUGUCAACCCCCAAAACCAAGUCACUAUUGCGAAGCAGCAGUGCCCCCUACCUGAGCUCCAGGUACCCUCUCGGAAGCCUUCAUUCUGUUCGGCGACGUUCAUCAUAUCGCCUCCCGUCUAAGAGGAGGGUACCACAAAACACCCCUAUACAGGAUACCCUUGAUCCACAAAAGGCUGCUUUGCUGCUUCAAAAGCAAUGGACUCUUUACAGUGUGACCCCAAUGUAUAAUUUUUCAUAUGACAAGCUGAAGGAAUACUCCAAGCACCUAUCCGCCACCAUAGCGGCUGAGAAGCAGAAGGGGGUUGCUAUUGAUCCAGGGUCAGACCUUAAUCUGAAAGCCAGCUUUUCCUGUCUCCCUGGACUCAAGGGGAAAGAAAGAGACCCAACUGCAGUUCUAGUUCAGAUUACUGGAAAAUCGCAGCUCUCCAAGCCGGGCACAGAAGAGCGGAUAGUGUGGACUGGUUGGUUCUGCGGAACAUUCACAGAGGAUGACAUAUUAGAAGUGUUACCAGAGACUUUCACAUGUCUUCCGUUGUUUCUCAUUAAUGGGUCAGAGUCGUUCACAGCUAUAGUGGGCACCUGGUUCCAACAGGUCUUUGACUGCUGUUUUGCUAAACUGGUGAUCAGGUCACAUGAUCUUAGGUGGUUGGCUGCUAUGUGUGCAGGAUAUGAAGUACAUGGACAUGUGCCCACCACAGAACUAGUGUUCUCUGUGCCAGUCGAGCCACACAUGGACAUCUCAUUUGCCAUCCAUCCGGAGGAUUUUAAAACUCUGUGGCAUGACAUACAAAAAUCUAAGGAUGAAGUGACUGUGGAGGAGGUGGAACAUUUAUUUCAAUGUCUUUAUGCACAUUUCUUCAGACAUUUUAAAAUCCACUUAUCGGCUACGCAGCUUGUAAAGGUGACCGUGACUGUGGCCUCAGCACACUGUGACGGCAAAGUAAAGGUAAGCGUUUUGUCUCGUGUUUUGGGUCAAUGA